AUGACAACGACCCCAAUCCGUCUAGGCUUCAUAGGCGCCUCAACUGGAAAAAGCGGUCCCGGUAGCGAAAGCUGGGCCGUCAGAGCACACGUCCCAUUCCUCAAAUCAUCUCGUAACACAUCCUACACAAUCACAGCCAUUCAAAACUCCACCCGCCAAUCAGCCGAGAACGCUGCAAGCAGCCUUCAACUCAGCGAUGUCAAGGGAUUCUACGACAACCCACACGACCUCGCAAAGGAUGAGAACGUCGAUGUCGUGGCUGUCAGCGUGAACGUGCCGUCUCAUUAUGAUACCGUAAUGCCAGCUCUCAAUGCCGGAAAGGACAUCUUCGUUGAGUGGCCGCUUGGGCGUAACCUCAAGGAAGCACAGGAAAUGACCACGCUAGCUAAGCAGAAAGGCGUGCGGACGAUGGUUGGGUUACAAGCACGGCAGAAUCCAAGUGUUGUCGCUGCGAAAAGACUGGUUGACGACGGGUCUGUGGGUGAGAUACUGAGUACUACUAUGCAUGGCUAUGGAAUGAUCUUUGGUGCUACUACUCUCAAGUCAUUUGCUUAUGGAUUUCCGAUUGAGGCAGGAGCGAACUUGCUCACUAUUCCGUUUGGACAUGCAGUCGAUGCGAUGUGCUGGGUCCUCGGGGAGAUGGAGUAUGUGUCUGCUACACUUGCUAAUCGAAGGCCAAAGUUUGAGGUUACUGACCAUGCAGGAGAGGUGAUGGGCGAAGCGACCAAGACUGCUCAUGAUCACGUUGCAGUCACUGGUGUUCUCGAAAGGUCUGGAGGUGUGGUGAACCUGAUGUAUGAAGGGGGAAUGAAUCCAUCAGGUGGACCCAGCUUCUUCUGGCAAAUCAAUGGCACGAAAGGCACACUUUUGCUCGAGGGUCAUAUGGGUCAUUUGCAGAUGUUCCAACCCAAAAUCUCCUUUGCCAAGGUCGGAGAGGAAAUCAAAGAGGUUGAAGGAGUGAAGAAAGUCGACGCUGAUUUCUCCUAUGCUGUUGGUGAAGCGUGGGAAGCUUUUGCUGGGAAAGGAGGUGGUACUGUGACGACUUUUGAGGAUGCCCUGACGAGACAUCAGAUGAUCAAUGCGAUCUAUCGGAGUAAUGAGUCAGGAGAGAGGGAAUCUUACAUGAGAGGAUAG